GUCGAUUUUAUCAACUCUAUCCCUUAAAACAAAAUAUUGACGGAUGGCUAGAUUGGCUACAAUAGAAUCGAGCAAGCUCAACUGCACAAGUAACUAGCAUCACUCUCUUCCCCUGUUCCUUUGAAUUUCACUCUCUUCUUCUUUACCACUCCACAAAUGCCUUCAUCUCUUUAAACUCUUCUUCUUCUUCUCUCUUUCUCUCUCCUGCUAUUAUCAAAAUCCACAGGAAAAAAUGAACAGAUUAAGAUGGGUAAUGGAAGGAGGAGAAUUCUGGGAAUUGGAUGUAUCAACACCCAUUACAAUGGAUGGUGUGGCCCGACCCUUACCCAAUGAUGGCCCACUUCCAUUGGGCCUUUCAAGGGGUACCCGGCUUUCCAGGCCCAAACAGAUCGAUUUCUUUCAGAAAUUCAUGGCUGCUCUCGUUGUUCCUUCUUUUUCCGCCGGCAAUGGUUUCUCUAUUCAACGUGCUCUCACUAUUCCUUCUGGCAAUGACUGGUUUACCACUUUGUUGGGUCAGUUCAACUUGCAACAGUUUGUGUCUUCCGUCAGAAAGGCAAAGUUAGAGGAGCGCUCAGAAUCAUCCUGGCUGCAAACCAUCGGAAGGCACUUAUCUGAGAAAUCGUUGUAUGCAUAUGGUGUUUGUUCAGAGUUCCUUGUAACACCUGAAGAUAAACUGCACUUUUCUUAUGAAGCAAGAGGCGACAGGAAAACUGCUCGGAAAAAGGCAGUUUUUAAUCAUAAGUUUCCUCAUCUUGAUUUGACAAUGGAGGGAGUUUGGCCUGGACUUUAUAUUGACAAGUAUGGAGAAUACUGGGAAGUACCAGUUACAUUGGCAGCUGAUCUGGCUUCUGUCACUUCUGACUCUGGUGCUAGCUACCACUUGUGUUUGCAGCAUAUAUCAGGUUUAGCGAAGCCAGUUGAAGGGAACGAGUCCACUGAAGUUCCUGCCAAUUUACUUCCUGGUCUCUAUCUUAAAAGUGCCUUUUCCUUCAAGAAGAAUAUAGACUUCUGGAGAAGUGAGGCAAAGAAGCUAAAAUAUGUUCAGCCCUAUGAUUUUUUUCUAUCAGGUCCCCAUAUCUCUGGCGCAGGUCUUAUUGGUGUUGUCGCAACUGCAUUGGUUGGAGAUAACUCACAAAGAUCACCAUUAGAUGAUCAGCCAAAGGAUUAUAAGCGCUUUGACCUUUAUGCAUCUAUGGGGAGAUCUGCAGUCCUUGCAGACUUGUUUGCAUCUUUAGCAUUCUCAGCCCAGUAUGGAAACUUCCAAAAGAAGGCUUUUGAUCUUACACAGAUCCAUGGCCGGUUAAAUUUUCCUUCAGGUUCCAAGUUCUUUUCAGCUGCGACAUGUUUGGCCCAAAACCUUUACAAGUCUGAACGGCCAUCCCUUGAAGCAGUACAGGCGGCCUGUCCAAAUGCCACACUAUCUCUUCAGCAACAGAUUGUAGGACCCUUCAGCUUAAGAGUUGAUUCAGAACUUUCUGUAAAUUUAAAGAACGAGGGAUGGAAGGUAAAUUUGGACAAUCCUGUAAUUGCAAUCGAAUAUGCUUUAUAUUUACUUGGCUCUGCAAAGGCCGUUGCUUGGUAUGCACCAAAGCAAAAGGAAUUCAUGGUGGAGCUUCGGUUGUUUGAGAUAUAGGUCUUCCUCGUCUGUUAGACAUCUUGAACUCCCUAUUGUAUCGACUUUACAGUUUUGGAAUGAAACGCAAGUUGAGCUUUCUUAUGGGAUUUUUUUUUGGGUGAUUGGUCAGGAAUUCAUAGUUUCAAGAAUGACAUGAACAGUGUGAUUGAUAUUCAAAAAUUGGUCUGGAUCAGAAAAAUAUACUGGUCCAGACCAAUUAUCAAAGAGAACUGAUCCGGUCUCCAAGUAGAAAUAAGUAAUUAAUUUUAUGGUCUCUGGUCUGGACCAAAACCCAUCAAAAAUCGGUCUUGGACCAUAUUAUGUUUUAGUACUACCUCCGUUACAUAAUAUUUGCAACGAUUUGACAUAAAGUAGAGAGGAAAAAUGUCUAAUCGUUUUAAAUAAUAUGUAAUAGAGGUUGUAUAAAAUUUUGUAAAGCCUCUAAAAUUGGUUUUCUAUUCUAUUUAGUUUUUUAUUUUUCAUUUUUUAAUGGUAAGUUUCUAUUCACAAUAUGAAGUAUCAUGCUUUGUAUAUAAAACUAA